GUCACCAUACCAUACCAUACCAUUCCCACCCCUAUCCUUUCUCUCUCUCUCUAUUUCUCUCUCUGUCACAUAUAAAACCCUCUCCACCCCUUCCCAUUUCCCUCAUUCACUCGUAUCUUCAUUCCUUCCCAUUUUUAUUUUCUCCCUAAGCACUCUCUCAAUCUUCCAGCCAUGGGAGCAGCGAUUCUCCCAGAUCUCGGAACUGAGAUUCUCAUUCCCGUCUGCGCGGUCAUUGGAAUCGCCUUCGCCCUCUUCCAGUGGCUCCUCGUCUCCAAGGUCAAACUCUCUGCCGUCAGAGACGCUUCUCCCAACGCCGCCGCCAAGAAUGGCUACAACGACUACCUCAUCGAAGAAGAGGAGGGCAUCAACGACCAUAACGUCGUUGUCAAAUGCGCCGAAAUACAGAACGCCAUUUCCGAAGGAGCAACCUCUUUCCUUUUUACUGAAUACAAGUAUGUAGGAAUCUUCAUGGUGGCUUUUGCCAUUUUGAUAUUCCUCUUCCUUGGUUCAGUGGAGGGAUUCAGCACAAGCCCCCAGGCUUGCACAUACGAUAAAACUAAAACGUGUAAGCCAGCACUGGCAACGGCUAUUUUCAGCACCAUAUCUUUCCUGCUUGGUGGCGUCACAUCACUUGUUUCUGGAUUCCUUGGAAUGAAAAUUGCAACUUACGCCAAUGCAAGAACCACCUUGGAGGCAAGAAAGGGUGUUGGGAAGGCCUUCAUUACGGCUUUUAGAUCUGGUGCUGUUAUGGGUUUUCUCCUAGCCGCAAAUGGUCUUCUAGUUCUUUACAUUGCCAUCAACUUGUUUAAGAUCUAUUAUGGUGAUGACUGGGGUGGUCUUUUUGAGGCCAUAACUGGUUAUGGUCUCGGUGGGUCUUCUAUGGCUUUGUUUGGAAGAGUUGGUGGAGGUAUUUAUACCAAGGCUGCUGAUGUUGGUGCUGAUCUCGUUGGCAAGGUUGAGAGAAACAUUCCCGAAGAUGAUCCAAGAAAUCCAGCUGUGAUUGCUGACAAUGUUGGUGACAAUGUCGGAGAUAUAGCUGGUAUGGGAUCUGAUCUGUUUGGUUCAUAUGCGGAGUCAUCUUGUGCUGCACUUGUUGUUGCUUCCAUCUCCUCAUUUGGGUUGAAUCAUGAGUUUACUGCAAUGCUCUACCCUCUCAUUGUCAGUUCUGUGGGUAUCCUUGUUUGUUUGCUCACCACCUUAUUUGCAACUGACUUCUUUGAGAUCAAGGCUGUGAAGGAGAUUGAGCCUGCAUUGAAAAAACAGCUUGUUAUUUCCACUGUGCUGAUGACUAUUGGGGUUGCAGUUGUUAGUUUUGUUGCACUUCCAACUUCCUUCACUAUCUUCAAUUUUGGUGUGCAGAAAGACGUCAAGAGCUGGCAGCUAUUUUUGUGUGUUGCUGUUGGUCUUUGGGCAGGACUUAUUAUCGGAUUUGUAACUGAGUACUAUACUAGUAACGCAUAUAGUCCUGUUCAAGACGUUGCUGACUCCUGCAGAACUGGUGCUGCAACUAAUGUUAUAUUUGGCCUUGCCUUAGGAUACAAGUCUGUUAUCAUUCCAAUUUUUGCUAUAGCAAUUAGUAUUUUUGUUAGUUUCACCUUUGCUGCCAUGUAUGGUAUUGCCGUUGCUGCACUUGGGAUGCUGAGUACCAUUGCCACUGGGUUGGCCAUAGACGCAUAUGGUCCAAUCAGUGACAAUGCUGGAGGUAUUGCUGAGAUGGCUGGCAUGAGUCACAGAAUUCGUGAGAGAACUGAUGCUCUUGAUGCUGCUGGUAACACUACAGCUGCAAUUGGGAAGGGCUUUGCCAUUGGUUCUGCCGCCCUUGUAUCUCUGGCCCUUUUUGGUGCCUUUGUGAGCCGAGCAUCUAUUACGACUGUUGACGUGUUGACUCCAAAGGUUUUCAUUGGUUUAAUUGUGGGGGCAAUGCUUCCUUACUGGUUUUCUGCCAUGACCAUGAAGAGUGUGGGAAGUGCUGCUCUGAAGAUGGUUGAGGAAGUGCGCAGGCAAUUCAAUACCAUCCCAGGGUUGAUGGAGGGAACUGCCAAGCCUGACUAUGCUACGUGUGUUAAGAUCUCUACUGAUGCUUCCAUUAAAGAAAUGAUUCCACCUGGUGCUCUUGUCAUGCUUACACCUCUUGUUGUUGGGAUCCUUUUUGGUGUCGAAACACUUUCUGGUGUCCUUGCUGGAUCUUUGGUAUCUGGUGUACAGAUUGCCAUCUCUGCAUCCAACACCGGCGGUGCAUGGGAUAAUGCAAAGAAGUACAUUGAGGCUGGUGCUUCUGAGCAUGCCAGAAGCCUUGGUCCAAAAGGGUCAGAUUGCCACAAGGCAGCAGUUAUUGGUGACACCAUUGGAGACCCUCUCAAGGAUACAUCUGGUCCCUCACUUAACAUCCUUAUCAAGCUGAUGGCAGUUGAGUCUCUUGUUUUUGCCCCCUUCUUUGCUACCCAUGGUGGUUUACUCUUCAAGAUCUUCUAAAGAGUUGAGAGAAAAGAGCAUCGUUCAUCAAUUUUCUACUAUGAUGGCAGAACAAGGAAAAUCCGUCCUUUUACCACCAUGCCUUUACUUUUUUGUUAGUCUUUUAACUCAUCUGUCAUGUCGACUUCAUUGUUUUUGAAACAGUAUAUUUUGUCACUCAUUUGUAGUUUUAAGAAACUUCAUUAGGGAGUCUGCAGCAAAAUUUUCCUUGUUACGUGGAGUUUCAUGAUGAUGACGAUGAUUAUACUAUUUUCCGCGCGAACCAUUUCUCAGA